AUGAGUGAAUGGACGCCACAGUUCUCUGGCAGAGCAGACAUCCACUUCAGUUUGAAAACCGAGAACCUACCAAUCCUUGACUGGCCGAAUACUAGAGAAGUUGCAGAGGAAGAGGGGGACGACGACGAGGAGGAAGAAGAAGAAGAAGAAGAAGAAGAAGAAGAUGAGGGAGAGGAAACUCAGAGCCAACCUGGUGAGGCUGAUUCCGACCAGGACGCCCAAGAGCAAACCAUCAUUCGCCAAAUCCAUGACUGCUUGCAGCCCGAUGGUUGCCUUUUUAUGGUAGACGCGCUUGACGGCUUUUGCCUAGGGACGGACCUUGCCUCGGUUCGGGCAGCCGCAACGGAUGAGGCUCGGCGCCAAAGUGCAUGGAUAUAUGACCGGAGCACAAACGGAGGAGUCCCCCGUUCAAAGCCCGACACGGGUCGCUUAAGUCCCGCCCUUCUCUUGGACCGUUUGAGCAAACCACGCUUUCCCAGCGCCUUCGACAAUUCACAGGCGUCGUCUGUUCGCCAAACGUCGGCCGGCGCAACAAAUCAGGCUUCGAUCCCCUCAGACCAAGACGCAAAGCCUCAAGACGAACUGGAUGCAGAACGUCGAUCAAUAUUCAUCCCCAAUCUGAACCCCUCGUAUAUCUACGCCCUCCUCCGUACCGCCUCCAUAUACCAAGCCCCAUCUCUCAUCGAGGGCAUGUACAAACACCUCAUCUUUGAACCAUUCUUUGGUUGGGAAACCACGGGGCCAGAAGGACCUUGCGUAUUACAUAUGGCGUUCCACCUGCCAUAUUACGUCUGUCAGAAGUCAAGUGUCCAACAGAGUGGCCAGCGCCAACAUAAGGACAGGAGUCAUCUGAGAAAAUCGCAAGACGUCUCCUUCCUGGGUUGGAAUGAUUAUGAAUCGUCCAUCUUUCUAUAUGAGGCUGUAAUCUCUUGCAUCAUAAUUGCCCCGAAAGAUUGGACGUGGACCGCCUACUGCUUUGCCGAUUCUUUCUUCGAAUCGGAAAAUACCACCGAGUCAAAAUAUCAAGAAGAGCCACUCCCCGAAGGAAGUCGCAAGGAUCCCUUCAGAAACGGCAGAUUGAUCAGCGAUAAUCAGUUCCAUGACCCCAGAGUGUACUUUCUCGAGGUGUUGAAAGUUCGCCUGGAAGAGGUCUCUAGAGAAUGGCGAAUACUGGUGGAAAUGUUCAGAGCGGGUAUUGAAAACUACGCACAGAGUCACAACGCCUUGCUAGAGUCACACGGAAAGAUAUCUCGGAAAGCAACCCAAGAGCAUGAGGAAAACGUCCGACGGGCCGAAAGUUUCGUUCUCCGAGUCAAGAGUCUCACAAGCAAGAUGCUGCGCAUGCUACUCGACACUGUUGAGGCUUGUGAGACGUUCUGUCGGGACCACGCAUCUGACUUCGAAAGGACCGCGGCAUUGGCCAGGACACCUGCUUUGCUGCGCGCCGAAGCACAAUUUCUGAAGGAAUACAGGCAGUUGAAGAGGAAGCUUAAGUCCCUGGAAAAGAGCUGUGAUGGCUUUGCUGACAAUCUGAAAUCUCUCCAACAAGGCAAGGCGAUCCAAGUCAGUAAUUGCCAGAAUGAGUUGGCACAACUGUCGGUGACCGCUAUGAUCUUCAUCUCGCCAAUCGCACUUUCGGUAGGGUUUCUUUCCAUGCAGAAAGAGAUUAUCCCUUUCCGGAGCCCGAAUUUUGCCUCGUUCGUGUACAUGAUCAUGAUCUUUACGGUGUCGGGGGGGUUGAUCUACUAUUCGUCCGGAUAUCUCAUGCAGCUGUACCGGUCACUCAACUUUUGGGCCCAGAUAGCUCGUGUGGCUUCAAUUGGAGGCGGGGCAGGCUAUAACGGAGCAAUAGAAGCGUCGCCCGAUGUGCAAAGCGUCGAAAGCUCUCUUUCCGGGGCGGAGGCGACAAGCAUCCACGAAGAUGUGGAAAAUGGAGGUCCUCCAUCGGUCCCACGGGGAGGCAUCUUCUUCCGUCUGCGCCGCGCCACAAACCUCCCCUGUGGAACAUAG